AUGAGGAAAUCCGGUGGUAGAAGAAAAAAAGAUAAAGUCGGAACACCGAAUUCCGAUUCACAACCGAAUUCUCCAUCGUCACCAAACACCACAUUCGAGCCUCGCCCAGGUUCAAAGAAGCCCGAACAGAUUUCACCUUACAAGCCCAAGCCUGAACAUGUUUCACCUCUCAAGCCCAAGCCUGAACAUGUUUCACCUCUCAAGCCCAAGCCUGAACAGAUCUCACGUCUCAAGCCCGAGCCCAAGCCCGAGCCUGAUACGAUUGCGUCGAGACAGUUGAAGCUUGCUUACGAUCAUGACAUAAGGUUAGCACAGUUGCCGAUAAAUUGCAGCUUCAGAGUAUUAAGAGAUUUAGUGAAGCAGAAAUUUCCAAUGUCGAAUUCAGUUUUGAUAAAGUACAGAGAUGAUGACGGUGAUUUCGUUACUAUAACCUCCACAGAAGAACUCAGAUUCGCCGAAUCUACCGUCGAUAAAGCCUAUUCAAUUGGAACUCUGAAACUAAAUAUCAUCAAAGUUAGUCCCGAACAGGAACCACGUUUGUUAGACGAAAGAGAAGAAAAAGAAAAACCUCUAGAUUGGGUUUUGGAUGAAAAAUAUGGCACUACUGAGCACAAGAAAGUAGUAGAGAAUGUAGAGGUUGAUGAUUGGUUAUACGAAUUCGCUCAGUUAUUUGGUUCGCUUAUUGGUAUCAAUGAAUCUAUUGAUUUUCGCGAGUUAGGAACAGAGUUUUGUUCAGAGGCACUUGAAGAUAUAGUGACCUGUGAUGAAGCUCAAGAUUUGUUUUACAAAGCUGAAUCUAAGUUUCAGGAGGUUGCUGCAUUGGCGUUUUUCAAUUGGGGAAAUGUCGACAUGUGUGCUGCUAGAAAGUUUGUUAAACUAGAUGAGAAUGAGAAUGAGGUUAUGUUAAUGAAAGAGUCAGAGUUUGAUUUUGUCAAGGAAAAGUACUAUUUAGCGCGAGAAAAGUAUGAACGCGCAGUGGUGAUUAAACCUGAUUUUUACGAAGGAUUACUGGCUAUUGGACAGCAACAAUUUGAAUUGGCUAAGCUUCAUUGGUCAUUUGGUCUGGUGAAUAAGAUGAAUUUAGGUAAAGAGACGCUGCGGCUUUAUGAUGUUGCUGAGGAGAAGAUGAUGGCUGCGAGCGACAUGUGGGAGAGGUUGGAAGGAGGGAAACUUGGUAUGCAAGGAAGUGUUGGUAUGAGAUCACAGAUUAAUCUUUUUUGGGGGAAUAUGUUGUUUGAAAGAUCUCAGGUGGAGUUCAAAUUGGGAAUGAGGUAUUGGAAGAGAAAACUGGAUGCUUCUGUUGAACGGUUUAAGAUUGCUGGAGCUUCCGCGGAUGAUGUUUCGACGGUUUUGAAGAAGCAUUGUUCCAAUGCAAGGGACGGAGAAGUGAAGGGAUCGCCAAGAAUACAGAAUGUAAUCAAAAUGAUGAAAUAG